AUGACUGUUUGUUUUCAGAGCUUGAUAUUAGUAGCAUUUAGAGUGGAAAGCAGAAGCCAGCAACCAUAUAAGUUGUACUAUAAGUAUUUUCCCGAUCCCCUGCAAUGGAAGGCUGCAGAGGGACUGUGCAAGCAGCAGUCUGGGACCUUAGCCACCAUAUCCAACCAGGCAGAGAACCAACAGCUAAGCAGCAUCUUAAAUUACUGGAAUAUAUCUCAUCCCGUGUGGAUUGCCAGGAAAAUCUUAACCCAUCAAAAAAAUUCUUCUGAGACAUUCAUCCUGGAUUUCUCCAAGCGCUCUGACCAGACAUAUGCCCUCCUCCUGCACAAGUUCCCCUCCAUGAGCUCAAUGACUAUCUGCACCCAACUACGCUUUGAUCCAAACAGCUCCGGAAUUUUCACAAUUUUUUCCUAUUCCGUCCAUGAUUUCCAGCUCCAAGCAAAACUGGUCCAGGGCAAACCUGUGCAGUUGGCUCUGCGGUUCCACUACAAGCAAGGGUCGUAUGCCGAAGCUUUCAAACAUGACAGCCUCUGGCAUUCUGUGUGUGUUUCUUGGAGCCUGGAUGUUGGAGCCUGGGCCCUCUAUGCUCACGGUCACAUGAUUUCAAGUGGGGAUUGUAUAAACAGGGAUGUUGACAGCAUCGGCCCAAAUGGAGAUUUCAUUAUCGGUCAGGGCAAGCAUGGGAGCUCCUCUGAGUCCAAUGACUCAUUCUCAGGGAGCAUCACCGAGCUGCAUGUUUGGAAUCGGGUUUUGAGCAGCUGUGAAAUAUUCACCAUGGAAAAUGAAUGCUCUAUCAUCUCCUCUGGACUGGUAUUGAAGUGGGAAGAAGUUUCUCUGAAAAUAGAUGUAGUGUCCCUUAAAAAGCCGUGGAAGAACAGUCUAUGUCAAGGAAAAUCUACUGAUUUCUCUACGGAUUCUUUCGAUUCCUUGUUGAAUCGGACUUCUUGGGAUAACCCGCCUUUCUCCGUUAAAGUGUACCACAGAACGCUGAUUCAUGAAGACUGUAAAGUCUUUGACCCCGUUACAGAGAGCUGUGCCUUAGAGAAUUGCAGCUUAUACAGAGGAUUUGUCUGUCAAUUUAAAAAUGAAAAUGUCAGUUUACCCAAGUCCCCUUUUGUCAGUAGACUGAUUGAAGAUCAAAAGAUCAGACAGGUAAUGGAGGACCUAAGCACCAACACCUUGCAAAGUACAGAUCUGACCUCCUUGCAGCAGCUGACUCAGGCCGCUUUGAAUACCAUAGAGGCUGCCGGCCCUCACCCUUUAACCUCAGAUGACAUCCUCUACUUCUCCCAGCUGAUUGAUAGUACUGCAGCCAGAGCCCAUUCUGCAGGCGCCAAUUCAGCAGAGGUCAUGGUGUCCAUUGCUACAAACUAUCUAAACCUUGCAAGUGUGAUGCUUGAGCCACACAUAGCAUCACAGUGGAUUGGUUGGACGGAGGAUGGGGUCAACAUUGGGCCAUUUACAAUUAUCAAAAGCAUUGAUAGCCUCACUGAAGCUCUAGCUGAUUCUCUUUCUAUUGAGCAAAGAGGCUUCACUCUCUCCACGAAGAACAUAGAUGUGUUGCUAAAGUGGCAAAAACUUACUGACCAGAGCAGUGAUCGGGUCUUCAAGCCGUCUAAAGUCACCUCUCAAAGGUACACCGGAAGAAGUCAUGAUGAGCUGAUUAUCCCAGACUCUGAACUCCAGCGGAUACAUCGAUUAGGAUGUAAGGAGGUGAUGUUCAUUCAUAGCCACUACGGCCACCUCAGUGAGGUGGUGUCUGCAGCAGAGCAACCUGCAGAAAGUCAGAGCGACAAAGCUGGAAGUGUUCUUUCAGGCAAACUAAGCUCUGCUGUCAUAUCAGCAAGCGUUCGAGACGUCUCUAAGGCAAAAACCAUCCCUGUUGCUGUCCAGUAUACCCUUUCAUCUUCACAAGUGGUGGAUUAUUCCCAGAACAAUUCUGCUGUUUGUGCAUUUUGGAAUUUCAGCUUGAUGCACAUCCAUACCAGUAGCUGGUCCAGUGAUGGCUGUUCUAUGAUCCCUGUCUCCUCUGGAGUCACUUCUUGUUUGUGUAACCACACAACCAAUUUUGCUGUUCUGAUGAACUACUUUGAACCUGAGUGGAGUCCUGAAGAAAAGCUUAUUUUGACCAAGCUUACGUUCAUUGGUUGUGGCGCCUCACUCUGCGCACUAGUGGUGACCCUGAUGCUCUUCACUGUGCUGGACAUCCCUAAAUCAGACAGGACCUCCAUCCAUAAAAACCUCUUCACAGCUCUGAUCUGUGCCCAGGUGAUUCUGCUCUGCAGUGGCUCAGCCAUUCACAACAAGGUGGCGUGUACACUUGUAGCUGCACUGCUCCAUCUCUUCUUCAUGGCAUCUUUUAGCUGGAUGCUUGUCGAAGGGCUGCUGCUCUGGAGCAAAGUAGUUGCAGUCAACCUCAGCGAGGUUCAUCAUAUGAAGUAUUACUAUCUCAUUGGCUGGGGUCUGCCUGUACUGAUAGUAACCAUUACUCUUGCAUCAGCCUCUGGUAAAUAUUCAGCUGAUGACUACUGCUGGCUCAGUGUCCAGAAUGGCAUCAUUUGGGGAUUUGUUGGACCUGUUAUCUUCAUCAUAAUGGUCAACAUCUUGGUUCUGACCAGAGUGGUAAUUAUCACCAUCUCCACAGCUAAGAGAAGGUCCAUCAUGCUUGUCUUGGGCCUGAGUCCUGUUGAACAAGCCUAUGAGCAAAUCAGGGCUGCAGUGAAAGCAGUGUUGGUGUUGCUGCCGAUCCUCGGACUGACGUGGUUGUGUGGUGUUUUGGUCCCAUUUUCCAUCGUCAUGGCCUAUCUCUUCAUUCUUCUCAACUCCCUACAGGGCCUGUUCAUCUUUCUGAUCUAUGGGGUGUACAACACAGAGGUUUGGAGUACUGUCAAUAGGAUCAAGGAAAGAAGAAAAGCGCUCAAUUUUUCUAACUGUGCAAGCUCCCGACCAUCCAGCUCUGUAACCACCUCCCGUCCUGUAAGUUAUCCACUUGGAUCAACACCAAGCCAGGAGGAUGACGCCUACCCAAGCAGCAACAUGGCCUACCCCAAGAUGGAGGAGGAGAGGAGCAGGAGUCAAUUAACCUGCCCGUGUCCUGAGGAAAAAUCCCUGCUACAAACCUUCACAUCUUCUCAGCUGGAAAAGAAGGAGCCCCCACCUGAAGAAGUGGAUACUUUGCCAGCUGGAUGCAGUCUUCAUGUUCCCAUGGACGUUGAGUUUGCAGCUUCCUGUUUUCCUCGCUUUCCCCCACCAUGAAUAAAUAUGUGUUUGUUACAGUUACCUUUGUUUUUGUGGUAAAGGAUGGAGGAAGUACUCACUCUAACUUUAACAUCAACUUUGCAAUGUACUGGAUGAUAUGUAGGUGUAACACCUCAAAUGUAGCCUGUGUGUAAUAUAGUGUUUUUUUCCCUAUGCAGACAAUAUAUUUAGUAAGAAAAUAAAGCUUAGUUUAAGAUCCUCUUGUUUCCUUGCUAUACAGUUACCAUAUAUUGUAUUUAUCUGGCCCAUUCUCACUUUGAGUUGACAAUAUUUCUCUGAUGAUUUUUAACUCGAACUUUAACCAUUAACUAAAACACCAAAUGUGACAGAAUCUGAACUGGAAGUUGGAGUCUGCAGUUCUGGGUACUGAUUCAGUUAGAUUAUUAGGAAUGUGAUGCAUUAAACUUGGUUGUUUUUUCUAAUAAAAGAUGUAUUUGAGUGCUUGUUCCUGCAUAU